AUGUCGCCCGCUGCUCUCCACAUCAACGGUCACCACGACUCGUUCUCGGUUCCUAACGGUACCGUGAACCAGGCAAAGGUGCACCCGAGUGCCCGCCGUGCUCCUGCCGGCGGCCUCAUCAAGGUCGACAGUGACAACACUCUCUACGAGGAUGGUGGUAUCAAGGCCCGCUACACGGACCGGGGUGCCGACGUCGUCAAGGACGCGGAUGGGAGGCUCAAGGUCACCAAGACUGAGAAGACCUUUGAGUUCUACACUAAGUCUAACGUCGGUCGUGUUGGCCUUAUGCUCGUCGGUAUUGGCGGCAACAAUGGCACGACCGUCAUGGCGACCAACCUCGCUAACAAGCACAACAUCUCGUGGCACACCAAGAACGGCGAGCAGCAGCCCAACUACAUCGGCUCGCUCGUUCGUGCCUCGACCGUCGCGCUCGGCACCGACCCCGAGACUGGCAAGCAGGUCUACGUCCCGAUCUCGGACAUGCUCCCGAUGGUCCACCCCAACGACUUUGUCAUUGGCGGCUGGGACAUCUCGGGCGUCUCCAUGGACAAGGCCAUGGCUCGCGGCAAGGUCCUCGACUACGACCUCCAGCGCCAGCUCGCCCCUUACAUGAAGGAGUACAAGCCGAUGCCCUCGAUCUACUACCCCGACUUCAUCGCCGCCAACCAGGCUGACCGUGCCGACAACGUCAUCCCCGGCGAGGACAAGCAGGCCCACCUUGAGCACAUCCGCAAGGACAUCCGCGAUUUCAAGGCUGCCAACCAGCUCGACAACGUAAUCGUCCUCUGGACCGCCAACACUGAGCGCUACGCCGACAUCAUCCCCGGUAUCAACGACACGGCUGAGAACCUCCUCAACGCCAUCAAGACGUCGCACGACGAGGUCUCGCCGUCGACCAUCUUCGCCGUCGCCGCGAUCCUCGAGGGCAUGCCCUUCAUCAACGGCUCGCCCCAGAACACCUUCGUCCCGGGCUGCAUCGAGCUCGCUGAGCAGAAGAAGGCUUUCAUCAGUGGUGACGACUUCAAGUCGGGCCAGACCAAGGUCAAGUCGGUCCUUGCCGAGUUCCUCGUCAACGCCGGUAUCAAGCCCCUCUCGAUCUCGUCGUACAACCACCUCGGCAACAACGAUGGCAAGAACCUCUCGUCGGCCAAGCAGUUCCGCUCCAAGGAGAUCUCCAAGUCGUCGGUUGUUGACGACAUGGUCGCCGCCAACCCGGUCCUCUUCAAGACUGCCGCUGACCUCACUGAGGAGACGGGUGUCGUCACCAAGAAAGGCGAGCACCCCGACCACAUCGUCGUCAUCAAGCACGUCCCGGCCGUCGGCGACUCGAAGCGUGCCAUUGACGAGUACUACUCGGAGCUCCUCAUGGGCGGACGCAACGUCAUGAACAUCUUCAACGAGUGCGAGGACUCGCUCCUUGCGACUCCCCUCAUCUUCGACCUGGCGAUCCUGGCCGACCUCCUCACCCGUGUUACCUACCGUGAGGUCCCCAAGGCAGGUGAGGCUGGCGAGUUCCAGCCCCUCUACUCGGUGCUCUCGCUCCUCAGCUACAUGCUCAAGGCGCCGCUCGUCAAGCCCGGCACCGACGUUGUCAACUCGCUCAACCGCCAGCGCAACGCCCUCGACCAGUUCCUCAAGGCUUGCAUUGGCCUCGAGCACCAGGGCGACCUCCUCCUCGAGACCCGUGUCUGGUAG